UUUUUUUUUUUAAAGAUGAUAGUUGUCCUUAUUUGUGAUUCGGUUUUAAGGAAUUAAAAAUAAACAGAAUAGAAAUAUCUCCCAAUAUGGGUUUAAUUUAUUGAAAUAUUAUAUGAAUUAAAAAACGAUCUAAAAGAAACUCCUAUUUUAAAAUGCCAAAUUUCGUUGAGGUCCCCGUGAAUUGUAAAAUGAACUGCUACAUUAACUACAGUUCCCAUGUUCAAGCUAUGAUGUCAAGUUGACACGCUUUCAUAUCCGGAAGGUCACAAGCAUGGCUUCUCGGAGGUGACUGUUGGUGCACACUACUUGUGAAUGCAAUGUUGUUGUCAGGUUUUUUCGUUCAGUAUUUAAAUUAAGUCAAGUGGUAUUUUGUGAUUUACCGUGAGCGCUCACAGCACAGAAAUGCUUAAUUGAACUCUCCGAUAGUUUCUGGUCAGGAAAUUGGCCAGCUAAAUAGCACAAACUGGCUAGCUAGCUACGCGGUGCUGCAAGGGCAAUUGAAACAAAGUUAGCUUGCAAGCUAGCUGCAGUAUCUCCUGUGUUAGUUCAUUCUCAUAGUAAAUCUCUUUUAUGCAUUAUUGCAUUAUGCUGCGAAGUCUUGUUGCAUUGCAUUGUCGGAUCGGCCAAACAGUUCUGCCCCGUCAACGACAUCAUAUUCAGCGACACCAGAGUCUGAUCCCCUACCUGCAGAAUGCAAAAUGCUCUGGCUCGGCAAUAACAGAGCGGAGGAAAUUCUACAAAGAUGUCAGUAUUUCUCAAGGCGAAGGUGGCUUGUAUGAGAUCAGUCUAGACCGGCGGAAGCUGAAAACCCCAGGAGGCAAACUCUUCACUGUACCAAAUGAAGCCCUUGCAAUAGCUGUGGCAACAGAGUGGGAUGCUCAAAAGGAUACACUCAAGUUCUACACCAUGCACUUGACAACUCUGUGUAACACAGCCUUGGACAACCCUACCCAUCGUGACAAAGACCAGAUGAUCACAGCAGCCCUGAAGUUCCUGGAGACAGACACUAUAUGCUACAGAGUUGAGGAACCUUCAUCCCUGGUUGAGCUUCAGAAACAUGAAUGGGACCCAGCCAUGGAGUGGAUUGAGAAGCGCUAUAAUGUAGUUAUUGGUUCAUCGUCAAAUAUAUUGGGUCCAGAAAUCCCACAGGAGACGAACGACACUUUCCGUCAGCAUCUCAGCUCCUAUAACUUCUGGGCAUUGACAGGCCUGGAAUAUGUGAUCACCCAGCUGAAGUCUGUAAUCUUAUCCUUUGGGUUGAUUGACCGACACCUGACAGUGGAGCAGGCAGUACUCCUGUCACGCUUGGAAGAGGAGUAUCAGUUCCCCUCUGCUCCACAGAUCCAGUACUGGGGCAAUGUGGAAUGGGCGCACGAUUAUGACAUGUAUGAGCUGCGAGCGCGCACGGCUGCCGGCGCGCUGUUCGUCCACUUGGCUUCUGAGAGCUCCACAGUCAAACGCAAACUCCUACAGGACUGAGCUUCCCCAUGCUUUGCUGUGGGUUGAAAUACAAACAGAACUGUAAUGGCAGAUAUUGUAAAUAAAGUGAGUUGGUUCAAAAAGUGA